AUGUAUAAAACAAUCAAGACUCGUACCCUUGAAGUGGGAUAUUACGACCAUGGCCCUCCCUCAGGCUGGCCAGUUCUUCUCUACCACGGCUUCCCUUAUGAUAUCCACGCAUACGACGGUGUAGUCCCCAAGCUUGUAUCAAACGGUGCUCGAGUUAUAGUCCCAUAUCUGCGCGGCUUCGGUCCCACGCGCUUUCUCUCCUCGCAAACGAUGAGAAGCGGUCAACAGGCAGCUCUCGGCUCAGAUGUCAUCGAGCUCAUGGAUGCGUUGAGUAUCGAGAAAGCUAUACUUGGUGGCUUUGACUGGGGUGGCAUGUCUUGCUGUGUUGCGUCGGCGCUUUGGCCGGAGCGUGUUAUUGGGCUUGUUUCAUAUGCGUCGUAUGACAUUGCCGACAUAUCAACUUCACAGAUACCUCUGGAGCCGAGUCUGGAAUGUACAGUUUGGUACCAGCAUUUAUUCCAACAAGAGCGAGGCAUUAAGUGUUUAGCGGAGAAUAGACAGGAUCUCUGUCGAAUACUCUGGAAGCAGUGGUCGCCUUCCUUCUCCUUCACCGAGUCCUUUUAUCAACGCACGGCAGAGUCAUUUGAUAAUCCUGAUUUCGUGGAUGUCGUCAUACACGCCUAUAGGUUUUGUUUCGGUAACGCAAAGGGAGAUCCGGCAUUGCAAAAGUUGGAAGAUAUUCUGGCUACUAAACCCAAGAUAACUGUGCCGACUAUUACACUUGAUGGGGAGCGAGAUCCUUUGAAAAAGGGUGGUACAGCUGCGCACAGGCAGUAUUUCACUGGGCAGUUUGAGAGGAGGGUUGCUGAUGUUGGACAUGCGUUUCCUAUGGAGGCGCCGGAGGAGUUUGCGGAUGCUAUUUUAAGCGUUCAUGGAUGGAAGAGUGGUUGA